UGUCGUGGAAUUAGACGUCUACGUGGGUGUGUAAGUGGAAAAAAGUCAAGAGUCGCCGGAAUUUCCAAAGCUGCUUCUUACUAAGAUCACCAUUCCACAAAGGCUCGUUUCUCUCUCUUUCAUGGGGUUUCAGUUUUUUAUUAUUUCAACCAAUUCGUGGUUCUCUUUCUAUCAGAUUCCGUGAAAAUAUAUUCUGGGCUUUCGUGAAUCCUUGGAUAGAAUCAUAUUUUCAUUUCCAAAACCACUGCAACUGCUCCUUUUCUUAUCUGGGUACUGAUCUUUCUGCUCACUACGCUCGAAUAAACCUGGCAUAAAAUGGGCAUAUAUCUCAGUACUCCCAAAACUGAUAAGUUCUCUGAAGAUGGUGGGAAUGAUCGGCUAAGAUACGGUUUAUCAUCAAUGCAAGGGUGGCGCGCAUCCAUGGAAGAUGCUCAUGCUGCUUAUCCUGAUCUGGAUGCGUCCACUUCCUUCUUUGGUGUUUAUGAUGGUCAUGGAGGUAAGGUGGUUGCUAAGUUCUGUGCGAAGUUUCUUCAUCGGCAGGUGCUGAAGAAUGAUGCAUACAUUGCCGGAGAUAUAGGGACUUCUGUUCAAAAAUCAUUUUUCAGAAUGGAUGAAAUGAUGCGUGGACAAAGGGGAUGGAGAGAGUUAGCUAUUUUGGGAGAUAAGAUAAACAGGUUCACUGGCAUGAUAGAAGGGUUUAUUUGGUCUCCAAGGAGCAGCAGCAGUGAUACAAAUGAUCACGUUGAUGACUGGGCCUUUGAGGAGGGGCCUCAUUCUGAUUUUAGCGGUCCAACUUCUGGGAGCACAGCCUGUGUUGCUAUUAUUAGAAACAACCAACUUGUUGUUGCAAAUGCAGGUGAUUCUCGUUGUGUCAUAUCAAGGAAGGGGCAGGCAUACAAUUUAUCUAGAGAUCACAAACCAGAUCUAGAGGUUGAGAAGGAAAGAAUUCUGAAAGCUGGUGGUUUCAUCCAUGCAGGUCGGGUUAAUGGCUCUUUAAAUCUCGCAAGAGCUAUAGGGGACAUGGAAUUCAAGCAGAACAAAUUUUUGCCUGCUGAAAAGCAAAUUGUAACUGCCAGUCCAGAAAUAAACACAGUUGAGCUCUGCGAUGAUGAUGAAUUCCUAGUGCUUGCCUGUGAUGGCAUCUGGGAUUGCUUGUCAAGCCAGCAACUCGUAGAUUUUAUUCAUGAACAGCUACAGUCGGAAAGCAAGCUCUCUGCGGUGUGUGAGAAAGUGCUUGACAGGUGCUUGGCAUUGGCACCAUCAACAGCCAAUGGUGAGGGGUGCGACAACAUGACCAUGAUCUUGGUGCAAUUCAAGAAACUGACACAACCCACUUCUUCUGCGACUGAGCAGCAAUCCUCGUCAUCUAUAGUGGCUGAAAAUGACUCAAAACAAGCUGAAUCCUGAGUCCAGCAAAAGAGUUAGGCGGAUAUUUCAUAGGAUGAGAUUUCUAUAAACUGAAUCCAUUGAUUUGGGAAAGUUGGUUUGAAGUUUACAACUCCAACUCCCCAAUAUCCAUCCAUAUAUACAUGUCGGCCUCUCUGUUGUGUAAUUGUAGGUGGUGCAGCAUGAAAGUGUUUGAUUAGCCACCCAAUAGGAAAAGAGUGCGUUUUUGUGUGUUUUUAGUCUUGGAAGUAGAAGCAAAAUCAUCUCGCCUUGUACAGCUGAUAUUUUUAGCUCCAUAAGUCUUUAAAUAUGGCAUGUGACCUAAUAGUUAUAUUUUAUUUUUAUUUGUGCAGAAA